AGGAGCCCUCGUGACGUCACAGAGAUGGCUGCUUGCUACUUCCUUUUAACGUUUGGAGAGAAGUCCUGCACCAAAAUUGCAACGUGGGUUGGAAUGGGUGAACGAGGCAAACAUAUGUGAUUGCACAGAGCAGUAAGGAGGAAAUGGGAUCUCCAGAAGCAGCAAAGAAGAGGAUCCUCCCAAUGUGGAUGACAAAACGGGCAACUGAGUCAGCACAAGAACCAGAAAUCAAACCAAAGAGGAGGAAGAAAUCAACUUCAGUGGGAGUUGAGACAGUCUAUUGUAUGAAUGAAGCAGAACUGGUGGACAUGGCUCUUUGUAUUUUGGCAGAGAGCUCCAAGGGAAAGAAAACCAACAUAUCUUCAUCGGAAGAUGAGGACCCAGAACCUCAACAAACCAUGACAGAUCGUCAUGGGACUCCAACGAGCGACAGUGACAGAGACGCAAGCCCUUCUGGGGGAUCCAGGCUUCCCAAGGGAUUGGAUGGUUUAAGCUGCAGUAAGGCAACCAAAUCACAGGAGGAGUAUGACGAUGAUGAUGCUUUGAAAUAUGUCCGGGAAAUUUUCUUUACAUAAUUUUACAUCUUAAACAGACAAAAGAGAUACUGUAAGAAAUGGGCCACUUGUCUACAAAGGAGUGGCUUCUGCAAAUGUAUGGACACUCACCUUGAAAAAACUCUUGUUUUAAAGGAAUAAUGAGUGAACAACCCUCUCUGUACAAGUCCUGCUUCUCUUCACAGAGCAAAAGUAGUGUAUCCAUGUAUUUGCGUGUAUAUACUGUAUGUAUAUGUGUGUGUGUGUAUACAUGUUGUUCCUUCAUUCAGUCGUUUCCGACUCUUCGUGAACUCAUAAACCAGCCCACACCAGAGCUCCCUGUCAGCCGUCACCUCCCCCAGCUCCUUCAGACUCAAGCCAGUCACUUCAAGGAUGCCAUCCAUCUUCCUCUUGUUCGGCCCUUCUUCCUUUUUCCUUCCAUUUUCCCCAGCAUCAUUGUCUUCUCUAAGCUUUCCUGUCUCCUCAUGAUGUGGCCAAAGUACUUCAACUUUCUCUCUAAUAUCCUUCCCUCCAGUGAGCAGUCAGGCUUUAUUUCCUGAAGUAUGGACUGGUUGGAUCUUCUUGCAGUCCAAGGCACUCUCAGAACUUUCCUCCAGCACCACAGUUCAAAAGCAUCUAUCUUCCUUUGGGAGCGCUAGCAAGAUAAUACAGGGUUUCUAGGGAGUAGCCUCCAUGCCUCAUGCCUUGUGCUAUUGUCUGCUUUGGGAAAUUGCUGUCUGCUUUGCCCUUGUCUGCUUUGAGGAACUUUGGGUUAGUUGAUUUUGUGUGGUUUUUAUUCCUGGAAUGUUUUGUCUUCGUGAAGAGAGGGAGGGAAGCUGGACUAAAUACAGUCCAUCAUUGAAAAUGAUGCUUCUGCCUCUUCGCUUUGUGCUUCCUUGCUACAACCUUGUGCUUCUAACAUUAUAAAGUUGGUCUUUAUUUUUUAUUGUUCCAUGUGAAUGUGCAUUUAUACAUUAUUUAUUAGUCAUAAAGUACAUUUUUGUAUUUAUAAAUAUGUAACAACAAAAAAACGGGGGUGGGGGGCCAGAACGGGUUAAUAGCAUUUAAAUGCAUUUCAGUGGCAAAAUUCACUUUGAGAUAGAAGUGGUUUGAGUUAAGAGCUUGUUCAUGGAACAAAUUAAACUAUUACCAUGGAACGAAUUAAACGAUUACGUUAAGUUA